AUGGCCCCUCAGAAGAUUAUCAUUGAUACGGAUCCUGGAAUCGAUGAUGUCCUUGCUAUUUCACUCGCUUUGAGCAACCCAGAGGCUCUAGAAGUUCUCCUUCUGGCCACUACACACGGCAACAUUGAUGUGAAUGCAUGCACCAAGAACCUCGUCUUGUUGAUGAACGUGCUACAACAGGAGAAGGAGGCUAGAGAGCAAUCAAAUCUGCCAAAGCUUGCUUUUCAGAAGCCUAUUAUUGCCAUCGGUGCUGAUAAGCCCAUUAUCAAAUCUCAUGGGCACGGUGAAUUUGAAGAAGACGAUGGUUUGGAGGGCUAUCAUGGCGUUGAUGGCCUCAACGGCUUUCAUUCUCGAAACCCAAGCCUAGUUGCGGAAGACUUCUUACUCGAUUUCACUUCCGACAAUCGCCCAGAGGGAAACACAAAGGCCUACAUCCCAUCUCGACUGCCCGCGUAUGAUGAGAUAUUACGUCAACUUCGAGAUAACGAGCCAAAAUCCAUCACUAUAGUCGUGCUUGGCCCAUGUACCAACCUCGCUCUUGCACUUGCUAAAGAUCCUGAGACAUUUCAUCGUGUUUCCAAGAUUAUUAUCAUGGGAGGUGCUGUAAGGCACGCUGGAAACAUGACACCAGCGGCCGAAUUCAACAUCUACGGCGAUCCGGAUGCUGCAGAGCGCAUUUUCAACCUGAGCUCCCCCUCUAACGAUAUAAAGGGAUAUGGCAGAGUCCCAGUAGCACUUGUUCCACUUGAUCAGACGAACUACCACACAUUUAGCUUGGAGACGCUCAAGGAGUUUACGGAUCCUCUGAUCGAAAGUGGCAGCCCGUUGGCUAGACUUCUGAACGACAUCUUUUCAAGGAGCUUCGAUAAAAUCGCGAGUCAUUCUGGAAAGGCUUUAGCCCAAUGCCACGACCCUGUCACAAUCUAUGCUCUACUUCACCCUGAGCUGAUGUCGUGGGAGUCACUCGAUGUCAGGGUUGAAACAAACGGAAUCUGGACACGAGGUCAAACGCUGAUUGACACUCGUAACUUGCCAAGAUGGAAGCCUGGAGAAAAGGGUAUAGUCAGGGACAAUGGAAAUUGGCUGCACGGCGAUACUGGGAAUCAAGUGGAUGUGUUGGUUGGGACAGGCGAUGACCCAAGUGCAUUCGGUUCUAAAUUGUUCAAGGGAAUUUUCCGAAACUAG